AUGACCGUGGAACCGAAGACCAAGGUGGCGUUGGUGGGCGAAGCGGGCUGUGGCAAGAGCUCCUGCAUGGCCCUGCUGCAGCGCUUCUACGACCCCACCCAGGGCUGCAUCCGCAUCGACGGAGUGGACCUCCGCGAGUACAAUGUGAAUGUCCUGCGUUCCCGGGUGGCCGUGGUGGACCAGCGUCCCGUGCUUUUCGCCAGCUCCGUGCGGGAGAACGUGACCUACGGCCUGCGCCACGAGGUCAGCGACGAGGAGGUGAUCCAGGUGCUGCAGGCCGCCUCCUUGUGGGACGGAAGCAACGGCAUCAAGAGCAAGGCAGAUCGGCUCUUGACCAAACUGCGCAGCGGUGGUAUCUCCCUGAGCGGCGGGCAGAUGCAGCGGGUCUCCAUCGCCCGGGUGAUGAUCCGGAAGCCGGACAUCAUCUUGUUGGAUGAAGCCACCAGUGCUCUGGACAACAAGAAUGAGAAGAUUGUCCAGGCUGCCUUGGACCAGUUGGCGCACCAGGGCUCGGCGCUGGUCAUUGCGCACCGCCUCACGACCAUCAAGGACGCUGACAAGAUCGUGGUCAUGCGAAAGGGCCAAGUGGCAGAGGUUGGCACACAUCAGGAGCUCCUGAAGCUACCCAUCCAACGAGAGAAGAGCACGACGGGCGAGGAGGAGGUGGCACAUGGGAUCUAUCGCUUCCUCUGGGAGUUGCAGUUCGCCGACGAGACCGAGACCGCGGAUUCGGCCACGGAAGUCUCUGCUGAGGUGCCCAGCCGGCGGCCGAGCGCGGAGACGCCGAUUCUCAACACGACGACGUCCUCGGAGGCGAUUCUGGAGGAGGAGGAUGCAGAGCUAUUCCUUUCACCGGUCAAUGAAAAGAUCCCCAUGGACAAGGCGAGGCCAGCUUCUGGACGCCGGGAGCUGAAGACUGGAAAGCCUUUGGACACUGAGACUUCGGGUGGCGGAGCGCGCGGCUCGGUCCCGCCGCCACCCACGUUGCGGCGAAUUCGAACUUUGCCUUGA